AUGGAAGAGCUAAACAUGGAUUGCUUGGUGAAUGUGCUUGGAAAAGUGGGAAUGGAAUCCCUGCUAUUUGAUGUUCCCUUAGUAUGCAAGUCAUGGCACAAUGCAACACGGAAUCCUCUGUGCUGGCACCAUCUUGAUUUUCCCAACUCCUUCAAAUCAAGAUUAGGAUCAGAGAGAUUUAAUGCAACUGAAUUGAUUAAGUUUGCCGUCAACCGUAGUGGUGAAUUUGCUGUUUCACUAUCUCUUCCUUACUAUUUUACGGCCGAUGCACUCGAUUGUCUUACAGAAGGGUGCCCUGGCUUGAAAUUUUUGACGCUGCCCUCUAUAUCGUGGGAGGGUAUUACUCCCUGCUUACCAAGAGCAAUAGGCAAGUGGAAAAAUUUGGAGACGUUAAGGCUUCGUGGCACUGCUGAUAUGGAACCAAUCCUUACACAAGUCAGUCUUCAUUGCAAGAAUUUUGUGGAUUUAGGUUUUUUAAAAGGCGACAUUGAUGAAGAUGAAUCAGUGUUUAUAGUGGACUUAUUGCCAAACAUAAAGUAUUUGGAUCUAAGGAAGACAUGUGUAGAGCGGGAGGCUCUUCUGAGGAUUUUGAAGGGCUGCAAAAAGCUUGUGCAUCUUGAUGUUAGUUACUGUCAAGGUUUCGAGGUUGAUGAUGAGAUAUUGAAUCUUGCUUCUCGUAUUCCUACCUUCAUGUAUGAGGGUGCAAUGGUGCCGGAUGAGGAGGACUUGAGUGAUGGUUAUGACAUAACCAACUUUCCUAUCAUCUUAUAUACGUCUUCAAGAGUGAGUGAUGAUGGCACAACCCUAAGUGAUAUAGAGGAUAGGAUUAAGGAGUGGCAUAUUGCUGAUAAUGCAUAG